UAGAAAAACCGUAAAAUUCAAAAUCGAAUUCCCCAAAACGAAGAGUAUCCAAUUUUGUCUGAAUCAUGGGGUUCUUUGAUCUAAACAUACCAUACGAAACCUCUCAAUCGUCAAAAACAACACGAGUCAAACUAGUAAUCAAAUCCAUGGAGUUAGGUUACACAGGAAUCGCAUACAACCGUACGAUCAAAGGCGUAAUGUCCGAUCAGGACCGUUGCUCAAUCACGCCGUUAUCCCUCUCCACUCUCCUAAAGGUUGCCCCGUCUCUCUCUUCCUCCGUCAACUUCCACCGUGACCUUCUAAGAGUCCCACGCGCUUCACCUUUCCGUCAGUACACACGCUUGACGGUGUGUGUAGACUGUCCAGCUCAGUAUCAAGUGCUUAACAGUGGGAACAUGAUUUUAAAGAGUUAUGAUUUGAUUGCUGUUAGGCCUCUCAAUCAAUUAGCUUUUGAUUACGUCUGUGAGAAAGCUGAGGUGAAUAUAAUUGCGAUUGAUUUCUCGGACAAGUUACCAUUUCGGUUAAAGUUUCCUAUGGUUAAGGCUGCUAUUGAGCGUGGUGUUUAUUUUGAAAUUACGUAUGCUGAUCUAAUUGUGGAUGUUCAAUUAAGGAGACAAAUGAUACCAAAUGCUAAGUUGCUGGUUUCCUGGACGCGAGGAAGGAAUCUCAUUAUAUCAAGUGCCGCUUCUUCUAUAAAUGAACUUAGAGGUCCAUAUGAUGUUGCAAAUUUGUCAUCUCUGCUUGGGCUCUCUAUGGAACGAGCUAAAGCAGCUAUUUCCAAGAAUUGUAGGAAUCUUAUGGCUAAUGUCUUGAGAAAAAAGCACUUUUACAAAGAGACUAUAAGAGUUGAACCAAUAUAUGGAAGAUCUGACUCCAAAGAACCUUCAUCUCUGGACUGGCUUAAAUGGGAUCCAGUUUCUAGCGGUGAAGGGGAUUUACAACUGGAGGAUAUUGCAAAGUCUUUUUCUGCCACCACUGGUGCAUCAAAUUGUGUUAAGGCCAUUGACUUUGUUGCGGUAAUUGAUAGUAUCCAGUCGCAUGGUCCAAAUUUUUUGACAGCUGCUAAGGCUGUUGAGGUAUCAAUUAAAGAAACUGGAGCAUCAGAAGAACUUGCUGAGUGUGAUCUUUUUCCUGAUACAGAUUGCAAUUUUUUGGACAAUAUUCCAUCAAAGAAUCAGACCCUUGGUCAUGGCAGUUCCCAAGAGUUACAUUUGCCAAGUGAUUCUGCAGCCACUUUGAGCAGACCUGAGGACAUUAGAGCCACUACAAACACCAUCUCAGAAGAGCCAAAUAAUUCAAAUGUCUCUGAUGCAGUACUACCUUUUCUAUCAACUCAGAAGCAUGGUUUGCAACUAGAAGAUCCUAUUUGCAGCAAUUUAAAUACUGUGUUAGCAGAUGAAGAUGUAUUACAUCAGACACCUGCUGCAGAAAAUGGAUUAACAGACUCGAGUUUUGCUGAUUCAGAAUUAAAGAAUUUGUCUGAAAAUUUUGACUUUCUCGAAUCUCAGUUUAAAAAGUCGAUGCAUUCGUAUGCAGUUUUUGAUGAACAAAAAGCUGUGGUGGACAAGGACAUAGAAGAUUUGCCUGAAAAAGAUCAGGAAGAUACACCUCUAACUGAACAUAGAUCUGGCCGAAAACAGCAAAAGGAAUCGCGACAUGUUAUGAUUACACUUGUGGAGGAUAUCCCGUCUGAAUUGAAUUCUGAUGAAAUGGAUCUUAAUGAUGUCACUGCAGUUGCAUAUCAGGAGAACCUGGAGGAUGUGGUUAUGGAAGGACAAGAACAUGGAGAUUCAGAUCUGGACCACCCAGAUGAGGUGGCAAUGGAUGAUCAAGAAUCUGGCGAUGCGGUUACCAAAAUUUCUCUUGUCGAGGACAAUGAUUUAAGAUUCAAAGAUGACUCUGCAAGUGUAAAAGUUAUGCCCAAGAAAGAAGUUUCAAUGGAGGAACAAAAGCUUGAAGGAGCUGAUAUAGAAAGAAAUCAUCGCACAUUUGUCCCAGCUAUAUCAGGGAGAUCCAAGUCAAAGCAGAGGAUACCUCUAAUGUUGCCAUUCAAACGUUUGUUGAAUCCUAUACCUAUGAAAAGAAAAUCUAAACGCAAGGUACGGACAUGACCAUGUUAUGUUUUUCUUCCUUCAAAUUUCAUUUUUGGCUGACUCCGUAAAGUGUAAAGCAAGUUGAGAAUAAUUCUCAUCUUGCAGUUAUAUCAGUGGUCAUCAUUCAUGUUGAGUGGUGGUACAAUUUUGUCUGGGUAUGCAUCUUCUGUCCAAAUCUUGAGAUGCAAUCAUUUAUUUAUUUAUUUACAACUCUAAAUUUAUUUA